AUGGAGCUCAACAAAUCCAUCCUCGUCCUCCUUAUCUCCUCUUCUCUUCUCUCAUUCUUUUCUAAGGCCAUUUGCGUACCUCGCAAUGUCAGCAGCGAUCAUGCUAGUCCUGCUCCCCUAGGACCGGCCUUGUCUAAGACAUCUUCAGAGUUCAUUCAAUCAACAUUGUCGUCGCCGGUUUCUUCUCCAGUAUCGCCAUUUUUCUCCCCGUUGCCAUCUCCGGUUUCUUCUCUACCGCCAGUUUCCUCCCCAUCACAGUCUCCAGUGUCUCACCCAUCACCACCUGAUUCCCCGUCUGUAUUGCCAUCACAAUUCAACAAUGCUGAGCUGACGAAAAUAUGUGGCGAGACCGGUCACCAAGCAGAAUGUCUUGCCAUCUUUGGUCCUUCCCUAACCGGUGCAAUUGAUGCCCUUUCAUUCCUUAAAAUGGGGAUACAAACUCUCCACGAAGGUUAUGAGCAAGCCAUGGCCAUGGCCACGAAACUAAUUAAGGAUCCUUAUACAGACGGUGUGGUUAAGGACUGCCUUAGCGUUUGCUUAGACGUAUAUGACAGUGGAAUCACAGACCUUGAUCAAGCUUUCACAGCAAUGUCCUCUCACGACAUGGACAGUCUGGUUCAAUUGCUUAGUGCCGUCAUAGGAUAUGCUGAAACAUGCAAGGAUGCCUUUAUUGAGCAAGGUGGAAUUGCUUCGCCUUUGGAGGAGAUUAAUGACCGUUUGGAUACGCUGAAGCUAGCUUCAACUUCGACCCAUGAACUAGGUCUUAAGUCGGACCCACAGCACCCCAGACACGGUUGA